AUGUGCUCGUGCCCAACGCUAUAUGUUCUGCUCAUCGCUCGCGUCGCCUUCGCGACCGAUGGCAACGAUGAAUCCGGAGCGGACGAUCUGUUCGAAGACAUGAAGUCAGAGCUGGCCACUCGAGGACCCUGUUGGGUGGAAGCGAUCGAGGAACUAGAUCCCGAGGAUCGCUCGAAGGAACGAUUAGCGUUCAAUUUCAUGAAUUGCUUCUUCAAAGGCGCUAAGUUCCCUCCUUAUUUCUGUGCGAAGGAUAGACCACUUCCGGAAUGCGACGAUUUCAGAAAACUCCUCCUUGGAGUCCAUCGGAAUGUAUACCUAGUGUUUCACCACCAAGCCGAACUGCUCGUUGAAUACCUGAAAGAACGUGAUCGACAGAAGAACAUCGGCCAGCAAAUCAUGCUACGAGAAUCCGCGCUCACUGAGUUACGAGCGAAGCUCGCAAAGUCUUCGGACUUCCUCCUGGAGAGCUUGGAUUCGGACGAAGAAAUUUUCGGCCUGAAACAAAUUGUCACUAAGAGUCACGGUGACUAUAAGCAGAGCUUACGAAGAACGCAACGCAUUCUUUACGAAAUCAAGUCAACAGUUACGCAAUACAAGUUUCUCGGGUUCACAAUUGCCGGAUUAGCAUUGUUUGCAGUCAACCAGGCUCUACGCGUAGUCGUUUGA